AUGGCGCCGCCCUCGCCCAAGGACGCCGUCAUUUACCCUCGCAUGGUCAAGAAGCCGCCGUUUACGGUCGAGGCUUCUGGCUAUCAACCGGUCGAGGGAGAGACCAUUCCCCGUCGACACCCCUCUGCCAAGGACAAGCUGAUCAUCCGACCGGCCGAAGAUGUGGCAACCACCUACGAUCUCCUCAGGAGAAGCGCCCAGAAGUUUGGCAAUGCCAAGGCCAUUGGCACCCGUCGCCUGAUCAAGACGCACGUCGAGAACCGCAAGGUCAAGAAGAUGGUCGACGGUGUCGAGCAGGAGGUCGAGAAGAAGUGGACCUACUUUGAACUGAGCGGCUACUCGUAUAUCUCCUUCAUCGAGUACGAACGACUGGCGCUCCAGCUUGGCGCUGGGUUGAGGAAGCUGGGGCUGGAAAAGAACAACCGCAUCCACCUCUAUGGUGCUACCAGUGCUCAUUGGCUUGCCCUCUCCCACGGAGCGGCAUCGCAAUCGAUUGUCGUCGUCACCGCAUACGAUUCGCUGGGCGAAGAAGGUCUCAGACACUCAUUGGCGCAGACCAAGAGCGAUGCUAUCUUCCUCGAUCCCAACCUCAUUCCUUCCCUGACUAAAGUCUUGAAAGAUGUCCCAUCCAUCAAGCAUGUGAUCUACAACACCGACACCGAAGUCAAGCAGGAGGAUCUGGACAAUCUGAAGUUGCAGUUCGAAUAUCUCAACAUCCUGAGCUUCGAGGACCUGAGAAAGGCUGGCGAGGAGAACCCCGUUGACCCGACCCCUCCUGACCCAGAGGAUCUUUGCUGCAUCAUGUAUACCUCUGGAACCACGGGUCAGCCCAAGGGUGUCUCCUUGACGCAGAAGAACGUUAUAGCAGCCACGGCCGGUGUGAACGCCAUCGUCGGCGAAUACAUCAGUCCCCAGGACGCGCUGCUUACCUACCUUCCUCAGGCUCACAUUCUCGAGUUCGUCUUUGAGAACUUGUGCCUGUUCUGGGGUGGCACGAUGGGCUACGGAAAUCCCAAGACCUUGUCGGACAAUUCGACGCGCAAUUGCAAGGGCGACAUUCGAGAGUUCCGUCCAACUAUUCUCGUUGGUGUCCCCGCCGUGUGGGAGACCGUGAAAAAGGGAAUCGUGAACCAAGUGAACAAGAACAACUUCGUUGUGAGGAACCUGUUCUGGGGAGGAUUGGCCGCAAAGGCCUUCCUUCUGGAGGCUGGCCUUCCUGGUGUGUCCCUUCUGGAUGCGGUUGUCUUUAAGAAGCUUAAGGAGGCGACCGGCGGUCGACUCCGGCUUGUCAUGAACGGUGGCGGCCCUGUUGCCAAAGAUACGCAGAAAUUCAUCUCGUAUGCCGUGGCUCCGAUGAUCAGCGGUUACGGGUUGACCGAGACCAGCGCCAUGGGUGCGAUCAAUGAUCCGAUGGCGUGGAACCCUGAUGCUCUGGGUGAACUGCCCGUCUCCAUUGAGGUGAAGCUGGUAGACUUCCCGGAUGCUGGAUAUUUGACCAAGAACAACCCUCCACAGGGUGAAAUCUUCAUCCGCGGAGGAAGCGUCGCGCAGGGCUACUACGACAAUGAAGAAGAGACGAAGAAGGCGUUUUCCGAGGACGGCUGGUUCAUGUCUGGGGACAUUGGCGAAUUCGACCAGAAUGGCCACCUGAGAAUCAUUGAUCGGAAGAAGAACCUCGUGAAGACGCUCAACGGCGAGUACAUUGCGUUGGAGAAACUGGAGUCGGUGUACCGAGCGUCACCGGUGGUGGGCAACAUCUGCAUCUAUGCGGCUGAGGAUCAGGUGAAGCCGAUUGCGAUCAUCGUGCCGGUCGAAGCGGUGCUGCACAAGCUUGCCAAGGAGAAUGGCAUCGAGGAUCAGCCGUUUGAGAGUCUGGUCCACAACGAGCAGCUGAAGUCGAUCGUCCUGAAGGAGUUGCAGAACGCUGGCAAGGCCGGUGGACUGCGGGGUAUUGAGGUUAUCGAUGGAGUUGUUCUGUCUGAUGAGGAGUGGAACCCGCAGAAUGUUAGUCUUGCCCUUCUCCCCCCCUCCUCUCCCCCUCCUGUACCUGAAAUCAUCGAGAUACUGACUGUGUACCAGGGAUACACGACUGCGGCCCAGAAACUUCAGCGGAAGAAGAUCGUCGACCACUUCAGGAAGGACAUUGACCGCGCGUAUGGUAAAAGCUGA